CUUAAUUGGACGAAUUGGACACUCCUGUUAAAUUGAGCCGUCGGCACAUAGCUCUCAAGUUCUUCUUAUACUACAGUCUUUUGAAACUGACAGAACAUUUUAACCAUGUCUGUCAAAACGGAGGUUAAUCUAACUGGAGUCAAACAAAGUCAAACCAUGUGGCUUGUUAAGGUGCCCAAGUAUUUAUCUCACCAAUGGGACAAGGCCUCAGAUAAGGGAGACGUUGGGAAGAUUACCAUUGGAAAGAAGCAAGGGAAAACAGAGGUAAGUUUCUGCCUGAAUGAGGAGCUGACCACCAUGGGCGCUGUGGAGGAGAAGGAUGCUCCACUGCUGGUCCCGAGGGAUCAUCCCUUCACCAUGCAAACUGUGGGCAGACAGACCUUGGCUGUCUUCAGCCAGAGCGAUUCAGAUGGCAUCAGUCUGGAGGGGAUGGUGGUGCACAGAGCGGAAUGCAGACCCGUCGUCAAUGACAACUACAUGAAGCUGAAGAAGCUGCAGGUUCAAGAGACCACCAAGCCUCAGCGUUUUUCGCAGCAGCUGGAGAGAGCCGUCACCACCAUCUUCAAGCCCGUGGCCAACCACGAUUUCAAUUUGGAGCACGAGAAGAAGAAGAAAUCCGAGGGCAAGAUGGUGAGGGCCGAGCGACAGGUGGUAUUGGACAUGCUCUUCUCUGCUUUUGAGAAGCACCAGUAUUACAACAUCAAGGACUUGGUGGACAUCACCAAACAACCUGUGACCUACCUGAAAGAAAUCAUGAGGGAAAUCGGGAUGUACAACAGCAAGGGAGCUCACAAGAGCACCUGGGAGCUGAAGCCAGAGUACCGCCACUACCAGUCUGCUGAGGAAGAGGAGAUGCAGACGGUCUGAAGCAGGGACAGUCAGGCUUCAGUGACCUCCUGAACAGAGAGGCGAAACAGGAAAUACUGAUUUUGAGUUGAUGGUUUUUCAGUUAUCAGGCAGAACAGGUUGCUAUGCAUCAGCUUCCACAGCACUUGAACAUAAAGGUGGAAAAUAAAAUAAAC